CUAGUUUGGUGGGUUAGUAAUAUUCAGAGAUAAUAUGAAUUCAAGAAAACAGAAGAAAAUUCCCAAUGUUCCUAAAGGAUUCAAUAGAAAAAUUGAUGGGUUAGUAUGAUUAUUAAUAAGUGAUUUUAAUUGAAUUGAAUUGAAUUGAAUUUACUUUACUUUACUUUACUUUACUUUAGUUUAACUUGUAACAAAAUCAACAGACUUCUGAUUACUAAUUAUUUUAAUGAUAAUAAAAAAGAAUGGGGAUGAUUUUGUUCAGUAUUCCAUUACUUAUUAUCACUAGUUAUCCACUAUAUCAAAGAUUUGUUUUAGGUAUGGAACAGGGAGAGAGAAGAGGAGAACUUUUAGAAGAUGGAGCUAAGAGAUAUUAUAGUGAGGAAGAGAUGAAACAAAACCGAGAAAACAAAUGGUUUUAAUACUAGUAAUGCUUGUAAAUCGGUUAAAUUAUCUUAAAUUAUCUUGUAUAUAAUAUAAUAUAAUAUAAUAUAAUAUAAUAUAAUAUAAUAUUGUGGUAUAACGGUAGGAUAUUGUUGAGUGAAUGAAUGAAUAAUGAUAGUAAGUGAGAUA